GCAUUAUCUCCAGUGCAGUUCGCCUUAUCUGUGGAUGUCCGAGUCUCUUGACAUAUAUGGAUAAACCCGUCACCCUGCCGCCUGACAAUACAAUCCCAAAAUAAUCUGAGGCAGCACAGCUGAGCCCCGCUCGGCGCUGCGCGCUCUGCUUCGCCGCGCUGUGUGAGGAAACACUGCCGUGAAAUCUGUCAUCAGUAAUGACGAAAUUCAGCUAUUCUGAAUACUUAUCUCAGUUCCGUAAUGCUGGAGGUAAAUGUAAUAAUGUUCUGUCGCGACUGCGAGGAGAUAGGAGGAGAGGAGACAGUCAGAGGGACGUAACGUCAGAGCCGGAGGAUGUUGAGCCGGUUGUCUUUGGCAUCAGGAGAGGGGAUGUGAAGGCUGUUAAUGAUCUGGCAACAUCCGCUCCUCUCAGCCUGCUGAAGGAGAACGAAGAUGGGUGGAUACCUCUGCAUGAUGCCGCCUUCUGUGGGCAGACAGAGUGUUUGAAGAUCCUACUCAGGGCCCAUCCAGGUUCGGUAGACAAACGUACCUUGCAGGAGCAGACGGCCUUGCUUCUUGCUGUGUCUUGUAAACACUUGUCAUGUGUGCGGUGCCUUCUGGAGAAAGGCGCCGACCCCGACAUCAGCAGCAAGAACAAAGAAACCCCUUUGUACAAAGCAUGUGAGUUGGAGAAUGUGGACACAGUGAGCCUCAUUCUGUCAUAUGGGGCCACUGUGAACCAGCGUUGUGGUCAGGGUUGGACGGCUCUCCAUGAGGCUGUAUCCAGGGACAACACAGAGAUCUGUGAGAUGCUAAUAAGAGCCGGGGCCGCAAUCAAUCCACCUAAUACCUACAGCAUCACACCACUUAUUGUAGCAGCUCAGCGAGGACAGAUGAGGGCACUGUGUUACCUUAUUGGGAAAGGUGCAGAUGUGAACAUGCAGACGUGUGAUGGUGUCACAGCGCUGCAUGAGGCUAGUAAAAAUGGCCACAAGGAAAGCGUAGUAGUGCUGUUGACUAAAAACGCAGAUGCCAACAAACCCACCAACUCAGGACUGCUGCCACUGCAUAUUGCUGCACAAUAUGGACACCAUGAGAUUGUGGCCCUGCUUGUCUCAGUGACAAGUCGAGCCAGGCUCCGCCACAGUUGUGUCAGCCCCCUCCACCUGGCAGCAGAGCACAACAGACACACCGUGGCAGCUGUGCUGCUGAAGACAGGUGCAGAUGUAAAUGCUACACUGGCCAACAGUCAUUCCAUCCAGUAUGCUGAUGGACGCGCAACAGCCCUCUACUUUGCAAUCGCCAACGGCAGCACCAAGACGGCAGAGGUGUUACUGAACGCUGGUGCUAGUCUAAGCCUAGACCCAGUCAGUCCUCUUCUGAUGGCUGUACGGCAGGGCUGUGUCAGCACUGUGUCCUUGCUGCUGGAGAGAGGGGCCGAUGUCAAUGCCAGAAUACCCUCUUAUGCUACUACGUUCCCCGCUGUUGUUGCACUUUGCAUGAAUAACCUCCCUCUACUCAAGUGCCUUUUGGACACCGGCUGCAAUGCCCUGUCCUGUUUUACCUGUACAUAUGGCUGUGCCCCUCACCCAACAUCUGGAGGAUCCCACAUAGGAACUGUUGGCAGCAAUGGAUAUGUUUUGCAGAAUGACAACAUGUUUCCUUUAAACUGCAGUGAGCCGCCAGAAAGAGCAACACAGUUCUGUGAGUGGAUCUCGACAUCACUUAUGUGUAAAUGGGCAGGACCGAUCAUAGACUUGCUGCUGGAGCACGUUGGUCAUGUUCACCUGUGCAGCAAGCUCACUGAACUGCUAGACAGCCGAGAAGAAUGGCUCGCUGUGAAGAGGAAGUUGUCAUCGCCUCGUCCACUGCUGCACCUUUGCAGAUUCAGGAUUCGGACCCAAAUGGGGAGACACAGACUGAAAUCUCUCACAUGUCUACCUCUGCCAGACAGACUGAUCAGAUACCUGAGCCUGGCUGACUGACUUUUAAGUGAACUUCAAGCAAUAUAGGCAUCAAGAGAUUCCCAGGGGCGGAUGGGGGACAACGAUGUGACUGUGGAGGACCUGGUGGCCGUGGUACUGGAAGGGGCAGCAGCCGCACACGCUCACACAGUGGUGAGAGGUCAGGUCCAAUUUCAGUGUCUCUUUAUCCGCAGAGCUGCGUCGACUGGACGCAGACAGAGUGGCCUUUGCAUCAUCAUCAUCAUAACUCCUUUUCCUCUUUUCGUUUUCACUGCCCUCAGGUGUGCUUGCAGGGUUCUUUUUCCGUCCUAAAUGCGAGUGCUCCAUUUUAGUUUGGGUCAACUUAGGUUCCUCCCAAAAUGAGGCUGGUAGUUGGCGUUUCCUCAUAGGCACCUGCUCCACGGCGCUCCCCACAUUCUCCACACACCGAGAAUCCGAACUGGCCUUCUCUGUGGCAUUCACACUCUGGUGAACAGUCCCCACCGGUUUGGCGCACCCAUACUCCGCUGACCUGUGCGUGUGGCAUCUUGGGACUCUGGAGUACUUCUGAGAGAAACGUUUCAGUUGUUUCUGUAGAUAUUUCCUGUGAUCCACGGAGCGUCUGCACGGAGCUGACUUGUCCAAGGCCGCUUUGAUGUCGCUGGAUGCCAAAUUCACAAAAUUCAGCAAGGUCUUGACCUCACUGUCUGCGUUCGCCAUUUCUUGCAAAAAACAUUUAUAAUAUCAGUCCAUGUUGGUGCUUGAAGUCCACCGCCAAUACCUGAAGGGAAAUCAAAAAACAAACUUAAGCGUUGCGUAAUUGCGCAUUUUUCUCUGUUAAUUCUGCAAUCAAGCCUAUAGGCUACAUUGAAUGUGAUGCCUCUCAGUUGAUAUUUUAGGCCUAGGCCUGAUAACCCUUUACUCACUACUGCUGGA